UUUGAAAAGGACAGAAAACCACUGGCCACCGGCUCUCUCUUCCAUCCCACUGAAAAACGCUUUUAAAUAUCCAAACACCUCUCAAUCUCGCUCUCCAAACGCUCCCCAAAUCAGAAAAAAAAUCCCCAAAUCUCCCAUUUCUCUCCAUGAAAAUGAGCUGCAACGGUUGCAGAAUCCUCCGAAAGGGAUGCAGCCAGGACUGCACCAUCCGACCCUGCCUCCAAUGGCUGAAGAAUCCUCAAUUCCAAUCCAACGCUACAUUCUUCCUCGCCAAAUUCUACGGUCGUGCUGGUCUCAUCAAUCUCAUCAAUUCCGGACCUGAAAACCUCCGACCCGCUAUCUUCAGAUCAUUGCUCUACGAAGCUUGUGGAAGGAUCGUCGACCCGGUCUACGGAUCGGCGGGUUUGCUCUGUUCCGGAAGCUGGCAGCUCUGCCAAGCUGCGGUCGAAGCCGUCCUCAAAGGAGCGCCGAUCAUGCAGAUCUCGUCCGGCGAAGGCGGCAGCUCCGGCCCAACGAUGAUGAACUUGUGCGAUAUACGCCACGUGGUGAGGGAGGAGAGAUCCGGUCCGCAGGAGGUCGUCCACAAGAUCAAGACUCGUAGCCGGUUCAAACGGUCGGGUUUUCCUAACCAGAAGCUCGACUCGGUUGCCGAGUUCGGUUGGGUUGGAGGUCCUGACUCGGGGGGAAGGUUCGAGCCGGUGGAGAGCCGGGAUACGGAGAGCAUGUUCUCGGUGGAGACGGAGGAAGACGGAGUCGAGCCGGAUAGCCGAGCCGACGAGGGAGAGGUGGAGCUGGAGCUGAGGCUUGGGUUUGAGCCAGGAUCACAUGCGGGGCGCGUGCAGCGUGCGGGACACGUAAAGGGUAUGAGAGAGGAGGAGAGCUGGGGUGGUGACACGUGUAAUGUGGAGCUGGGGCUGGAGUUGCAGCCGUGAGUUAGGUGUUUUUGUCUUUUAGUGAGGUGGGAAGCGGACUCCGGGCCGUGUUUGGGAAUUUGUCCUCGAGCGAUAGCAAUAAGUCCUUUUUUGUCUUUUUCUUUUCUUUUUUCUCGUCUUUUUCCUCUCUCUCCUGUAUAUAGAGACAGAGCAACGUUAGAUAAUGCCAAACGAUGUUAUAACGGGAGUGGUUCGUUU